ACUUGAUUAAAACUGCAAUUCAGAAUGCUAUCUAUGCGAGCAGGUGUCAGAGCAUUGUAUUGUGCUAGCAGACCAUUGAGUGCUUUUGCCAAUCCUAUUCCAUUUUCGGGACUUGGAAAGAGUCAUACUUUAUGUGUGCAAGGCAGAUUCCAAUACAGAUUGAUGUCAACCACCCAGCAGACUCGCCAACUUGAUCCAAUUGAUCCAGUCGGUCCAAUUCUAACAGUUCUUGGAAUUGCUGUGGGUUUGGUCGGAGGAGUUCUUGGAUAUGUUUACAUUGGCGAUACUAGAGCAUCUAUUUACAAAUGGUUGGUGAUGCCUGCUUUACAUCACCUUACCGAUCCAGAAGAAUCGCAUAAAUUAUCAAUCUGGCUUGCUAAACACUCACUUGUGCCAAUGGAACGAACAAACGAUGAUGGUGUGUUGGGUGUCGAGAUUUGGAACAAAAGAUUGACCAAUCCUCUCGGUUUGGCUGCAGGAUAUGACAAAAACGCAGAAGCAGUUGAUGCAUUGUUUGGAUUUGGAUUUGGAAUGGUCGAGAUUGGAAGCGUCACGCCACAACCCCAGCCGGGGAAUCCCAAACCUCGUAUGUUUCGACUUUUAAAAGAUAAAGCAGUGAUUAAUCGGUAUGGAUUCAAUUCCCAAGGUCAUCAAGCCAUUGUAGAGCGUCUUCAUGCUCGGAUACGCAAGUAUUUGUUUACGCACCACAUUACGGCAGUUGAAACAGAGACUUUGUGUCAAUCUGAAGCUAUUCUUUCUCCUCAUGAAUGGAUGAAUGCGACAUCAGUUUCUACAAAGGAUGCCAAAGAUUCUAAACAGCCUGAACUCAACCGAUCACUCUAUCCUAACCGACUUCUUGGUAUCAAUCUUGGUAAAAACAAAAUCUCGAAUGAAAGUUCUGAUCAGGACUAUAUCGACGGCAUCGCUACUUUUUCCAAAUAUGCCGACUAUAUGGUCAUCAACAUCAGCUCGCCAAAUACUCCUGGACUGAGAUCGCUUCAACGUCGAGAAUCUAUUGAACGCUUAUUGAUGAGCGCGAAACGUGAACGAGACGCACUACCACAGAAUCACCAAUCUCCGCUUGUGGUCAAGAUUUCUCCCGAUUUAAAUGCAGAAGAAUUGAAGGAUAUUGCGGAUGUGGUCAUGCAUGUUGGCAUGGAUGGCGUGAUCAUCUCCAAUACCACCAUUUCCAGAUCCAUGUCGCUUCGAUCGGAUUCAAAUCUGAAAGAGCAAACAGGUGGACUAUCUGGUGUACCCAUUCUUCCACUUUCACUCCACGCUGUAUCCGAGUUUUACAAGUUUACGCAAGGCCGUAUUCCAAUUAUUGGAUGUGGAGGGAUUCAAACAGGUGAAGAUGCAAUCAACUUUGCCAAAGCGGGUGCUACGGUUAUUCAAGUGUAUACUGCCUUGGGAUAUCAAGGACCUGGGCUUGUACAUGACAUCAAAAGAGAAGCAACUGAAAUUCUAAAACGGGAGGGUAAAACCUGGAGCCAAAUGAUUGGAUCCAACCACAAUAAAUAAAGUCAUAAAUUUGAUGAUGGGGCCGAUAAAA